CUCACCUGCACCCCCGCAGGGACGGAACCUUGUGCCACCCGCGCCCGGCGGCUCGCGGCUCAACUACACAGUGCUCAUCGGCUCCACGCCGUGUACCCUCACCGUGUCAGAGACCCAGCUGCUCUGCGAGUCACCCAACCUCACGGGGCAGCACAAGGUCACGGUCCGGGCUGGCGGCUUCGAAUUCUCGCCGGGGAUGCUGCAGGUGUACUCGGACAGCCUGCUGACCCUUCCCGCCAUCGUCGGCAUUGGCGGGGGCGGAGGCCUCCUGCUGCUGGUCAUUGUAGCCGUGCUCAUUGCCUACAAGCGCAAGUCUCGGGACGCCGACCGCACCCUCAAGCGGCUGCAGCUGCAGAUGGACAACUUGGAGUCCCGCGUGGCCCUGGAGUGCAAGGAAGCCUUCGCGGAGCUGCAGACGGACAUCCACGAGCUGACCAAUGACCUGGAUGGUGCCGGCAUCCCGUUCCUCGACUACCGGACGUACGCCAUGCGGGUGCUCUUCCCCGGGAUCGAGGACCAUCCAGUGCUCAAGGAGAUGGAGGUGCAGGCCAACGUGGAGAAGUCGCUGGCGCUGUUCGGACAGCUGCUCGCCAAGAAGCACUUCCUGCUGACCUUCAUCCGCACGCUGGAGGCCCAGCGCAGCUUCUCCAUGCGCGACCGCGGGAACGUGGCCUCGCUCAUCAUGACAGCCCUGCAGGGCGAGAUGGAGUACGCCACGGGCGUGCUCAAGCAGCUGCUGUCCGACCUCAUCGAGAAGAACCUCGAGAGCAAGAACCACCCCAAGCUGCUGCUGCGGCGGACCGAGUCAGUGGCAGAGAAGAUGCUGACCAACUGGUUCACCUUCCUUUUGUAUAAAUUCCUGAAGGUAGGCGGCUGAGGAGGAGGG